AUGCAUUCAGAGUUCUCUGGUGCUCCCGCCGCCGAACCAGUUCAGCCAAGUGAGGUGAGAGCAAGUGCAACCGCAGAUCUGAUCACGGACGGGUCAUGCCCCAUCUCCAUGGCCUUGGAUUCAAAAUCAAGAAGGUGGACGCUGCAACCUUCACUUCAUCCAUCCAAGUCCCACGUCCCACCUGCUGGCAUACUGUACUGUACUGCUGUGACCGCCGGUGGCCUGCAAACACACCGGUUCAAGCCUCGUACCCCCGCCCAUCGUGUGGUCUACCCGGUCCUACCUGGGACAGAUAGUACCUCGUACCUCCGGAAAUCGCCAAGCAUACUCUGCCGUGUCUGUGGCGGGAGCACUAUUAUCAAGAACCACGAACCCGCGAAUCUGAAGACUUCCAGCUCCUCCACCAAAUCAACCACAAUGCCGACCACGAAGCCCAAGAACGGUCAACGGUAUCGGAUAUGUGGUACGCCCUCACGACUGGGGUGUUUGACGUGCAAGAUCCGGAGAGUCAAAUGCGGGGAAGAGAAACCAUUUUGCAAACGAUGUACCUCGACGGGAAGAAAAUGUGAUGGCUACGGACCACCCAAACCAGCACACAACAGCGCGGUUGCGCAACGGACACCUUCGCUACCAAAAUGCAAUCCGACGACGACGUGCGGCGAGAAUCCGUUGGAGCAAAGACUUCUCUAUUUCUUCGCCACGGCUACAGCGCCCAGUUUAACGGGGACGUUCUCGUCGGAAUUUUGGGAGAAUAAAGUUGUGCAAAUGAGCAUGGUUGAGCCGACCAUCCAACAUGCGGUUAUUGCAAUCGCUGCAAUACAUCAAGACUUUGUCAAUAGGCACCACAGCCGGGGCGCCAAUUACGAUUCGAGCUUGCAAACUUUUGCCUUUCGACAGUAUACGAAAGCGAUCAGUAACCUUCACAAUCUAAUGUCGACUCGAGCGCAUCAAAUGGAUUUGACUUUGAUUUCAUGUAUUUUAUUUAUUACUAUCGAUUGUCUCUUAGGCAAUCAUGCCUCCGCCAUCAUCCAUCUCAAAGCCGGCUUACGGAUAUUACAAAACAUCAAAUCCCAACGAGAACAGAAAGGCCUCUGUGACGCAGAAUGGGAACGAAAUUACUCCCCUCCAUUAAUCGCCCUCGGUGUCCAGGCCGCCACAUUCGUGAACCCCCACCUUCAAAAAGAGCGCACAGAACUCUGGACUUUCUUAACGACCGCUGGUCUACACUCAAAACCGAUGGUUUUCACCUCCUUAGACACGGCACGCUAUGCUCUCGACACCAUCGUCGCCGAGAUCAUGACGGAUCGAACAUCAACUAACUCAAUCCUCGCCCACACAACCCCCGAUCCCUCGGGCGUCGCCGCCCACAAACACCUCGCAGCCCUACACUCCUGGUCCCAAGCCCUCUCCCACUUCAUCACCUCCUUCAUCUCCUUGGACCCCUCGGCCUCGAAACCGCGCCAGGGCGCCACGCUCCUAAAAGUCCACUCCCUCGUCGUCUCCAUCGUGAUCGGGCGCCCCGAAGACGCAGACGAGAAAUUCGAGGACAUAUUAGCCCUCUGCGAAUACCUAAUCACGACAGGAGGCUGCUUCACCAGCACGCUGACGAACUUGAAUUUCGCCGCUGACCAGGGCGUCAUCGCGCCGCUGUUCUUCACGGCGUUAAGGGCCCCGGAUCCAAGUGCCAAAGCUCGCGCGCUGGCAUUGCUGGCGAGAGCACCGGGCAGGGAAGGUAUGUGGGAUACGGAGGACGCGAUACGGGUCGCGGAGGGAGCGCAGAAGAGUGAUUCUCUCCAUGUCCCGAUUACGGCGGUGCCGAUGGCGCCCGUGACGGACGAUGUGGUGAUCUGGUUAGAUGUCGCGGCGCGGUUGAAGGCGAAGGUGACAUGGCCGUUUGGGGAGCGGCAGCCGGUGGAAGCGGGGCCGGUGCCGUUUCAGGGCGGGAUGGGGAUGGCGAUGAGUCCUGGGGAGCAGGCAGAGGCGCCGGAUUAUAUGCCCAAGUAUGCGUGGUUGUUGAGGAGGAGGAGGGGGAGCGAUGUUACGAGUUAGGAGUUCGUUGGGGUUGUAUAACACGAUACCAUGUUUUGGAGGAGUUUGUGGAGCGAUGCAUUUUUUAAGUGGGGAGGGG